AUGCCUCCUAAGUUCGAUCCUAACGAGAUUAAAAUUGGUAGGUUAACCUUUGAGAAAUUUAGCGGAUAAUUUUGUUGAGGAGUUUGCUCAUCUUUUUAAAAUUUGUCAUAUUUCUCGUGUUUCUGUUAGUUUACUUGAGAGCCACUGGCGGUGAAGUUGGUGCUACAUCAGCCCUCGCUCCCAAGAUCGGCCCUCUUGGUUUGGUGAGGAAUAUUUUGUUGUUGAUUUUAAAAUAUAUUGAGUUAAAAGUUAGCGUAAAGAAGAAGUGUGAGAAUGGUCAAGGUUUGUGUUUUGUACACGUGCAGAAUAAAUUAUCCAUGAUCACUUUGGUUUCACCUCAGAAAACAUAGCUACCCUUGAUGUCAUAUUUUACAUUUUAUCCUGUCAAAUCUGUUCUCACUGUGGUAAAACAUACAUCAUGGUUCUGGUUGCAUCAUUGUGGCAAAUUAUAGCUAAAACACAAACCGUGGCCUUGUUAAGGUUUUUGCUUUCAUGCAAAAACUGAAUUCUACCAGGCCCCAGUUGUUCAAAAGCUGGAUAGCCCUAUCCACUGGAUAAGUAUUAGGGAAACCAAUUGCACUAUUCACUGGAUAGAAAUUUAUCUGCUGGAUAGCGCUAUCCAUCUUUUCAACAACUGGGGCCAGAACUUUAACUUAAUACAUAGUUCUUUCCGAAUGAUAAUUUUCAGUCCACUACAACAUUGCAACAUUGUUUGAAGAGUGUUUUGUUCCGUCAUUAUUGCCCUUUAAACCCAUCAACAAUAGAUGGGUGUGGGGAAGGUGCCUCAUGAAACAGAAGGGGGCCACAAGUGAGCCUAGAAGGUAACCAUGACAACCCUGUGAGUGGCACCCACCAGGCACCGUCAUACUGAGAACCUCAGUGGAAAAAGGUGCAGAUACUUACUAAAAAGAGCAUCGAGAGAGGAGGGAGGGUUGGGGGCAAAAAAACAACUAUAACUACUGCACGUAAAAGCAACGUAAGCAAAAUGAUUGACUCCUGCGACAGCACUGUAAAAUCACUAAGACCCUGCUAAACGCCAAGACCGCCCCACAUACAAUUAGUGGUGGAGACCACUGGCCAGCAUUGUCUUAUGUUUAACCUCACCUAAAUUACGUGUGGCCACAUUAAAAUCUUUGUUGCAAAUCUUCCCACGUUAUCGUUUAAAGGCAAUUUCUGAGAAAUGAUUACCCUAAGAGAAUCAUCGUACAACCAAACCAACCUGUCAGUUUGUGCUAUCCAAUUUAUUGCCAUUUUUAUGCACAUUUUAACUGCUUUAGUCCCCCAAGAAAGUUGGUGAUGAUAUCGCCAAGGCAACACAGGACUGGAAGGGAUUGCGUAUCACUGUUCAGUUGACCAUCCAGAACAGACAGGCUAAGGUGUCUGUUGUGCCAAGCGCAUCAUCAUUGAUCAUCAGAGCUCUCAAGGAACCCCCAAGAGAUCGCAAGAAAGUUAAGAAUAGUGAGUGAUCACUUGAAUUUAGUGCUUAGUGGUCUUAAUUCUUUGAAUGGGUAGUGUGUACUGGUAAUCUUCAGAAAAUUUAGAAAAAGGUAGUUUUAUCAUUGAAAUCACCAGCUGAUUUUGUCUUUUUUUACUAGAAAGAAUACUUGGCUAGAACCUAAUAGCCUUAAGUAGGCAGCUAGGCUGAGUGCUUAAAAACUCCUUACAGUGUGCGACCACACAAACUGAGGCCAAUGAGACAAAAUUUUGAGACAAAUUUUGAAAUUAACCAAUCACAAGUUGAGAUCUAAACAAUGAAAUUGCGCAUAAUUGUAUAAUUUCAGAGCCAAUUCAAAACACGUUGCGAACCAUUUUUUAAAGGAUAUUAAAAAAAUAAGGAAUCGCAACAUUUGCGUAACUAUAUCAAGCUGAAAAAUGUUUUGACAAUGUCUGGGUUGGUUGGACUCAAAGCCAGGAGUAAAGAAAUUUUGACCAAUCCGGACUUAAAGCUACAGCUGCUCAUUUCACGGCAAACAGCGCUCAGUGCUGAGUAAAUCACAGUGUCAGUGAUGACAAAGAUAAAGGGGAGGUUAAUGCAAAUUACAAUGCAAUACACUCGCCCAGCUUAACCGGCAAAAACAAAACUAAGAUUGACUCUAGACUGCUCAAGAAUAGCAAAGGAAAUUGCCAUGGUUAGUGGAAUUUUUGCCAAGGGAAGGAGGCAGACAUUACUUUAUUCUUCCAAGUGACAAAAGCAAGAAAGGUCAGAAAAAAUCUUCGAAGCAAUUUAGUCGAUGAUUGCCCCAAACUGAGCAACGAACCCAAUGAAACACAGUUAACAAACAAAAAUGGAUCGAAAUCCACCAAUCACAAACCAUAUAACCUUUUGAAGUUGUUCAAGUAAAGAUCUGUUUCCUAGGAGGUCUGCUAAGAUGAUUUACGGAACAGAAAAACCCAAAAUUUCUUUGAGUAAUGAAAACGAUUUUUGGUGAGCGGCUGUCCUUUUUUUGUAGUUCAGAUUGUUCAAAAUUUCUUUACUGCUGGCUUUGAUUCCGGCUAACCCAAUCGUUGGCAAAACAUUUUCCAGCUUGAUUUAUACAAAUGUCAUGAUUGCUUGUUUAUAAUGAUAUCCUUUCGGAAACUGGUUCAUAAUGUAUUUUGAACUGGCUCUGAGUACAAAAUUAUGUGCAAUGUCAUUUUUUAGAUCUUGACGUUUGUUAUUUUAAGAUUUGUCUCAUUUUUUGUCUGGGUGGCCUCGGUUUGUGUGGUUGCACUGUAAUACAGUAGAACCUAAAUACAAUGAACCUCUAUAUCAUGAAGUCCUUGGAAUAAUUAACAAUUAUUCCUCGAGCCUGAAUGGGCUAUUGUCUCGGAGGCCAUGAGGGCGAGAGGAAUAAUAAUUGUUUUAGUAAAAACCAACUAGUUGGUCAAUAAUAUCGAGACAAAACAACCUUAGCUAGUUAAAGCUAGACUCGUACUUUGUUUGUGUUUGUGGUUAUUGGCUGGAGAACCAUAAGCUAGCCUAAGCAAAUAAUUAUUACACUUUCACUGCUAAAAAAGUAUGAGGUUGAGGUCAGUUAAAACAAUGAGUAGGUUCAAACCCUUAUUUAAGUACCUCAGUUAACUAGCAUUUUAUUGUUUUGUUCUUCUUAGUCAAACACAGUGGCAAUCUAACACUUGACAAUAUCAAAGAGAUUGCAAGAACCAUGAGACCAAGGUCAAUGGCUCGUAAAUUGGAGGGAACUGUAAAGGAGAUCCUUGGUACAUGCCAGUCUGUGGGUUGCACCGUAGAAGGACAACCUCCUCACGAUAUCAUUGACAAGAUCAAUGAUGGAGAAAUAGAAAUUGAGGUAUGU